AUGGCAUCUCACAUGGCUUACCACCUUUAUGAAAUUAAAUUCAGUGAAAAUCCUUCUACAAAACCUUAUGACAUACCAAUUAUAUUCCCCAAAUUUCAUCAACACGUCCUUGCCUUGGCCUUUGCUGUGAAGGAGAUCAAUGAGGACUCCCAGAUGUUACCUAAUGUCACUCUCGGGUUCCACAUCUAUGACAGUUACCUCAAUGCAAGGAUGACCUAUCGCACCACUCUGGACCUGCUUUUCAAAUCCCAGGAAUUUGUCCCUAACUACAAGUGUGAUAGCCAGAAGAAUCUCAUGGCUAUCAUUGGAGGAUUGGAUUUUGUCACAUCAUCUCAUAUUGCUGAAAUUAUUCAAUUCUCCAAGAUUCCACAAUUGACAUAUGGCUCAUUAGCCCAAGAUGCAUUUGAGAACAGUAAACUCUCUUCACUUUAUUUCAUGGUCCCAAAAGAGUACCAUCAAUACAUUGGGAUUAUCCAGCUGCUUCACUAUUUCAGGUGGACCUGGAUUGGGAUUUUUGCUCUUGAUAACAACGAUGGAGAAAAAUUCUUACAUAAAAUGGAGCUCUUACUUUCAGCGAACGGAAUCUGCUCAUCGUUCAUAGAAAGGCUUGCACAACUCAUCCACUUAGAAGAUUUCCCAGACGUUUUUCAAACAAUCUCAAUUAUUUCCAUGAAUUGGAUAACUAGCAAAGCCAACACAUUUCUUGUCUAUGGAGAAGCACUGAUAAUUAUGUGGCUAAGAGUUGUCACAUUUAUGGUAGAUCCUGAAAGGAAAGAAGUUGCAUUAUUUAGAAAGGUGUGGAUCAUGACUGCACAAAUUGAUUUUGUACUAUCAGGAUUUCAAAUCAGUUGGGAUCUCCAGAUGUUCCAUGGGGCUAUUUCCUUCACUGCUCAUUCAACAGCAGUUGCAGGUUUCAAGGAAUUCCUUCAGACCAUCAAUCCUCUUUCAGUCUGCAGAGAUGAGUUUCUGCAGGAAGUUUGGGAACAAUUAUUUGAUUGUUCAUUUCCAAAAACAGAAUUACAAGAAAUGCAGAAUAGAAAAUGCACUGGGAAGAUGAAGCUAGAGGAUCUUCCUGGACCUGCCUUUGAAAUGGAAAUGACUGGACAAAGCUACAGUAUCUACAAUGCUGUUCAUGCUGUGGCUCAUGCUUUGCAAGCUCUAUACACAUUACAUUUCAAUAGAAAAAAACCUAUGAUUUGUAAAAAUCCUGACCUUCCACAUCUCCAGUCUUGGCAGGUUCUUCCAUUUUCUCGAUGCAAUGACCCUUGUUUCCCUGGGGACUGGAAGAAAGGGAUUGAAGGAGAUCAGUUCUGCUGCUAUGACUGUGUUCCAUGCCCAGAAGGGAAGAUUUCAAAUCAAAAUGAUAUGGAUGACUGUUUUAAAUGUCCAGAAGAUCAUUAUCCAAAUAAAGAAAAGAAUGGAUGUAUCCUGAAACCAGUGGUGUUUCUAACUAUUGAAGAACCCUUAGGAAUUGGUUUAGCCUUAUCAGCUCUUGGUUUCUUCUUCUUGACAUCUUGGAUACUUGGAACUUUUAUUAAGCACAGGGACACUCCCAUUGUUAAAGCCAACAAUCGGUAUCUCACCUACACCCUCCUUAUCUCUCUUCAGCUCUGUUUUCUCUCCUCUUUCUUCUUCCUCAGCCAACCUAGUAAAGUGACCUGCCUUCUCUGGCAAUCAACUUUUGGAAUCAAAUUCUCAGUGUCCAUUUCUAGUGUGCUGGCCAAAACCAUCAUUGUGGUUGUUGCUUUCAUGGCCACUAAACCAGGAUCUCAGAUGAGGAGAUGGGUAGGGAAAAGAUUGGCUUUUUCUACUGUCCUUUCCUGCUCCUUUUUCCAAGUAUGUAUUUGUAUUCUUUGGUUGUCAACAUUUCCCCCAUUCCCUGAGUUGGACAUGCACUCACAACUCCAAGAAAUGAUUUUACAAAGCAAUGAGGGGUCAGCUUUCUUCUUUUAUUGUGUAUUGGGCUAUAUGGGUGUCUUGGCCAUUGCCAGCUUUAUUGUAGCUUUUCUUGCCCGUAAAUUACCUGACAGCUUUAAUGAAGCCAAGUUCAUCACCUUUAGCAUGUUGGCCUUUUGCAGUGUGUGGAUCUCCUUCUUUCCAGCCUAUCUGAGUACAAAAGGAAAAGCCAUGGUAGCUGUGGAGGUCUUUUCCAUCUUGUCCUCCAGUGCUGCAUUACUGGGAUGCAUAUUAUUGCCAAAAUGCUACAUCAUUGUUUUCCGGCCUGAAUUAAACCAAAGGGAGCAUCUCACAAAGAGAAAUUAG